AAAAAAAAAAGGAUAAAAGUGAAAUGCGGCUGCCUGGCUGGAUCGGGCCACCCCUGUCUAUUGGGCCUUAUCGUCUGGCCCAUAAAGUCGGGUCACUGUCGCCCGGCCCAAAUAUCUGGUCAACCCGGAAUGACCAAACGAAUACGGAUUUCAGAGAUAGUGCAUUGCAGUUAUCAAACUCAAGGCUCAAUAGAGUCAAUGGCGUUGAGUAAGAUUGUUGAGUUUGAGUGUGAAAGAUAGAGAGAGAAGAGAAGCAGAGAUGGAGUGGUGCGAGUCGAUGCCAAAAGUGGAACUUCAUGCUCAUCUCAACGGUUCCAUCAGAGAUUCUACUCUACUGGAGCUCGCCAGAGACUUGGGUCAGAAGGGUGUCUUGGUUUUCUCUGAUUUCGAGCAUGUCAUCCUCAAAAAUGAUCGUUCUCUUGUUGAGGUUUUCAAGCUGUUUGACCUGAUCCACAUGGUCACCACUGAUCAUAGAACUAUUACAAGAAUCACUAAAGAAGUCGUUGAGGAUUUUGCUUCCGAGAAUGUGGUCUACAUUGAGUUAAGAACAACUCCGAAGAAAAAUGAGUCAAUUGGAAUGAGUAAACGAUCAUACAUCGAAGCAGUCGUGGAAGGUCUGAAAACUAUCAAUAAUGUUGAUGUAGAUUUCUUGCCUCAUGAUGUCAAUGCCCAAAGUUCUUUAAAUUCUCUGCCUAUGGACAACACUCAUAAUUUAACUCCAAGAAAAAAGAUAUAUGUUAGACUUCUUCUGAGCAUUGACCGACGAGAGACCACCGAAGAUGCCAUGGAAACGGUGAAACUUGCACUGGAAUUGAAAGAUGUGGGAGUAGUUGGUAUUGAUCUUUCAGGAAAUCCAGUUGUGGGUGAAUGGACCACCUUUUUUCCUGCCCUGCAAUUUGCAAAAGAAAAUGGCCUUGCCAUAACACUUCAUUGUGGCGAGGUACGUAAUCCGGAGGAGAUACAAGCUAUGCUGGACUUUUUGCCUCAGAGGAUUGGUCAUGCUUGUUUCUUUGAAGGGGAAGAUUGGGAGAAGUUGAAAUGUCUGAAGAUUCCGGUUGAAAUUUGUUUCACAUCCAACAUACGGACCAACUCGAUCUCUUCACUAGAUGUUCAUCACUUUGAUGACUUGUAUAAAGUAAACCAUCCUUUAGUAAUCUGCACCGACGAUUCUGGGGUUUUCUCUACCAGUGUUUCAAAAGAAUACAGUUUGGCAGCAUCUGCAUUUGGUCUUGGAAAAAGGGAAAUAUUUCAGUUGGCAAGAGAUGCUGUUGAUUUCAUAUUUGCAGACGAUGAAAUAAAGAGGCUUUUGAAAGAGGUGUUUGAUUCUUUCAGAUCGAAUCUGGCUCUUUGAUCAUACGAUUUAUCACGGUCUUUGUAUCGUAUCCCUUGGUAGCUUUCUAGUCCUUGGAGGACGUAUUACAUACAUAUUUGAUAUUCCUGAAGUAAUAUGGGUUUGGAGAGUGGGUCAGAAAGUAUAAACUUCGUAUCCAGCAUUGUUGGAUGAUAAAUGGAAAUCUGAUCAAUUUACAAGGCUUCUACUUAUUUGGUCUUGUCUGUUCUCUGAACCUGUUAUGUUUUCUCUUCUAGUGACACUUUUUGUUAAUUUAGAUUCAGAUAUACGUUGGUUGGUUCACUUGCUACUUCUUCGGCCACUUUUCUCUUUCCCCUUCUAAAGCCAAAUCCAAAUUGAAGCUUAGAGUAAGGGAAGAAAAAGAAAAAGAAAAGCUUUGAUUUUUGGUUGUUAUAUAACUUAAAAACUCAGUUUACAGUACGCUGUUUGCUGUAGCUCAAGAAAGAGGGUUAGGAGUACAGGCAGGUCGAUUCACUUUGCUUUUAGUCAAAAUCAGCUUUGAGCUGAACUAUUGACAAAACCACACUGAUGGAAUCAACUAUCAAAUCAACUGAAAUCAAAUUGAAUUGUUCAGAUAGAUACAACCUGUCAAAAUUAAACUGAUUGACUAACUUUUUUGCUUUAUAUUUUAUCAAAUCAAACUGAUUAAUCUUUGGUACAUACAGUAUAAGGUAUUCCAUGAAAAACAUAAAAUUUUACUGUGGCUGCAUUGAAAAUAGGACUCCAAUUGCUCUGGCAACCGGGUUGGUAAGGACUUGAGUCUCUUGCGCUCAUACUAACCUAGAGAUCUCAAAUACGAACUUCUCGAUGAAUUUAAUACUAAAAAUCUUUGAUGUCUCUCGAGUUGCUUAGAGUGGAUACGGGUGUCCUGGAGUAUAGGGGAGUAAAGUUUCGACUCCAGGUAUUAAAAAAAAUAGGACUGCAGUCCCUACUUGUAAGAAGCUUGAGAAAUCUUAAGCCAUGAUCAGUUCAAAUCUCUUCAAUCUUAUACACAAGAACAACCUCAGAGGAAGAAUGAGAAUUCUUGAUCAGCAUACGUAUCCUCCUUAAAUAAAAAAAAUAUGAAUAUCUAGUGGGGAUUCGCAUGAGUUCUCUACGGAUACUCAAAUCAUUUCAGAUAGCAAAACCAAAAUAAGAGUGGGCAGGCCCCAAUUCUGAGCAUGCCUGUGCUAAUGAUAAUGCCAAGUCUCCCCUUGAGGAGAGAACUACGUGGCCAAACAAGUCAAAUGAGUUUCUUAGGAAAAGACAUCAUCAUUGAAAAACAUGCUUCCAGAGCAAAAUAACAAGUAGAAUAUGAUGUCCCCAAAAUCCACCAAUCACGCAGUAACUCCACAUUUGUCAACUUUAUCUAAAGUAAUUCCAUGGAGAUGGCCUAGACUUAAAGCAACCCCAAAAAGUCCUCGAGAAAAGGGUCUCCCAAGGCCGCCUCCACUUCCAUUUUUGGGUAAAAAUGUAUAAAGGAAUCAGCACAAGCAGAAGCUUCUCGGAGAAAAUGGGCAGCGUUGCUCCACUAGCCAUUGGCACGCGAGGCACUGUGGGGUCGCUGGUGAUGAAGGAGAUCGAGUACUUCACCAAGCUUGAACUCGAACGCCAUGGCGGCUCCCAGAGGAUAACUGCUGAAGCUUCGAGAAGAGGAGAUUCAAAGCCAAGCUUCUGGCUUCUGUCGUCCACUUGGAAGUGGAAGAAGAGAAGAUCAGGCAGCACCAAUGGGAUUCUCCCUAACAUUUGCUCUGCUGUUGAAUUGUCAAAAAGCAAUCGCUUUAAUGGGAUUCCUGGUUUUGGUUACAGGAUUCUCAAAGAAGAUGUCAAUUACUUUACCAUUUGAUUCCAUUCAAUUCAAAAGGGUCCUUUAAUUUGUUUGCUUUCUGUUGAAUUGCUUUCCCCUUCAUGUGUUUGUGUUUCUUUUCAAGGCUUCCAAUGUUCUGACUGGAAACAAAAUAACAGUUCCUUUACUGAUUUGAUUGAGAUUUGGAAACAGGCACUGUUCAAUAGAAUAUUGCAUUUGAAACUA